GAAGUGGAGUUUCCAGUGAUGUAUUUCCUCGAUGGACAUAAAUCACAUAUGUCGCUGGAAUUAAGUGAUUUUUGUGUCAAGCACAAGAUUAUACUGUACUGCUUAUACCCAAACUCAACCCACAUAAUUCAGCCUAGUGAUGUAGCGAUCUUCAAGCCCCUGAAGACCAAGUGGAGAAAAGUAGUUCAGGAUUAUAAGCAGAAGACUCAGAAGUCAAUCUCUAGAAUGACGUUUGCUCCAUUAUUUAAAGAGGCUUUUGAUCAAAUUGAUGAAAAUUGGAUUAAGAAUGGGUUCAGAGCGUGUGGGCUUUAUCCCUUCGACGAGAAUGCUCCCGAUUACACUAAAUGUAUCUCAACUCGACGCAUCGAAUUAAAUCCUGAACCCGUAGAAGCUGAGGUAUCCUCUUCAUCCAGGCUCGAUCCCCAGCUCACACAAAAUGAUUUGGUUUCUACAGCUAAAUUUUUACGUCACUUUCUGGGCGAAGAGAAAGUACGAGAAUUCAGUCAUCUGAAGAGCAUCAGUGAACUCUGUAGAGAUCCGAAUUAUCCUAUAUGGGAAGCUUGCAUGAAUGGAAUAGAGUGCAUCUCUACCAGAAACAACUCUUCGCCAGAUAAAGAAUUACAGCCACCUUCAAGCCCACAGAGUCGACUUGACCUCAGUGAUGAAACUGAUGGAGACACUCCCUUGGGAGUUGGAGAAUUAGGGCCACAUCCAAAUCCUCAACGUUCAACUGGUCCUACUGAUAGAGCUGAUGGAGGUACAACCUUGCUAAGUGGAAAAUCACCAUGUUCAAGUUCUCGUAAUGUUUCUCCCCUCGGUGAGGAAUCUGGUGGCGAAAAUCAGAGAGACGAUCCACUUUCCCCUAUCCCUCACAGCUGCUCAAAAUCCAGUCAUCAGGCUAUUGAUGAUACGGUCGAGAUAGGAGGAGAUUCAUCUCUUACAUGUUUGGAAAAUGAUCAGCAUGUGCUUACCACCAGUUCUCCGUUGAAGUGUUAGUAGCUCAGCGGAUCAACGUGACGUGUGGAACAACUAGUGAUGGGAUUCCAGAAACCACAAAAGAUCUCACCAAAACUGUUCCUUCGACAGCUCAGGGGAUCGACUCAUCAGUUAAGGGUCAACUAUCGAAACUGAAGGGUGAUAUGAAUGACGAGUGGAAUAGGAAUUUGCCUUGGCCGAAACCUGGUGGAGUGAAGAAGAAGGAGAGCAUUGAAAAGGAGAAGGUCUUAUGCCUUAACAGGUGCUGAGUGGCGACAACGCCGGACUCAGGAGCUGGAGGAUAAAAAGAUGAAAGAAUUGGAAGUCCAAAAGCGAGCAGAGGAACGUCUGAUGAAGAAGAAAGAGGAAGAAUCGAGGAAAGCUGUAGCUAAAGAAGAACGAGAUAGACUGAGAAUGGAGAAGCUGAAAAAGAAAGAAGAAGAUGCCGCAAUGAAACUCCUGAUCAAAGAAGCGAAAUUGAAAAUCAAGCAAGAAAAGCAGGCUCAAAAAAUACCUGGAAAACGAGGGAGAAAAGGCGGAUAAAAACCAGCUGACUCGUUGGAUCCAGGUCACAUUCAAAAAUUAUCCGAUACGGAGCCAAUCAAUGAAGAUUGAUUCAGUUUUUUUAUGUAUCAAUUCCGUUUCAAUAA